AUGGUCCAUCUCACUGGAUGGCCGAAGGGCUCGUCAGAAAAAUUUCUGCAGUCCACUCCCGUCGCAAAAACGAUUACAUUGUACCCGUUGAAAAGCUACAGCUUUGGCACAAAAGAUCCCAAUUAUGAGCGCGAUCGCAGCGUACCAGCUCGCUUUCAGCGUCUACAAGAGGACUUCGCUAAAUAUGGUAUGCGACGAUCUGUUGAAGGAGUCUUGUUGGUGCACGAGCACAAUCUGCCCCAUGUACUGCUACUGCAGUUGGGCACAUUUUUCAAGCUACCUGGCGGGGAGCUGCACCCAGGUGAAGAAGAACUGGAAGGUUUAAAGCGGCUUCUUUCUGAGAUGCUUGGAAGGACAGACGGCGUACCUGUGGGGUGGAUUCCGGAGGACUGCAUCGGUAACUGGUGGCGUCCGAAUUUCGAACCUCCACGAUAUCCCUACAUUCCAGCGCAUGUGACAAAGCCGAAAGAGCACACACGCCUUUUCCUCAUUCAACUUCCGGAAAAGACGUUGUUCGCAGUUCCCUCAAAUUACAAAUUAGUCGCGGCUCCUCUGUUCGAGCUGUUUGACAAUUCCCGCGCGUAUGGACCCAUCAUAUCCUCUCUACCACAGGUCUUGAGUCGCUUCAACUUCGUUUACAACGACUGA